AUGCAAGCCUACGGUCGUUACGAUUUUACAGCAACGGCUGAGGACGAGCUGAGUUUCCAAAAAGGAGCUGUUCUCAAAGUACUCAACACCGAAGAAGAUAUGAACUGGUAUAAAGCCGAAUUCAAAGGAAAAGAAGGUUAUGUGCCAAAGACAUAUAUUGAAAUGGGCCCUAAUCCUUGGUUCUAUGGAAGUAUACCGCGCGCUGAAGCUGAAAGAAUUCUUCUUCAAAAAGACGGAAAUCGAUUUAUCCAACCGGAUGGUGCUUUUCUCCUACGCAUGUGCGAAUCGUCUCCUGGUGACUUUUCCUUAUCUGUCAAAUAUCAAGAUCAAGCUCAGCAUUUUAAAGUCCUUCGCGAUGGAAUGGGUAAAUAUUUUCUAUGGGUAGUAAAAUUCGAAUCAAUCAAUGAACUGAUUGAUUAUCAUCGUUCAACAUCAGUUAAUCGUGGACAAAAUCUAUUACUUAAAGAUAUGGUAACAGAAUCUGAUCAAGCAGCAGCAUAUAACAAUAAAAAUCAACAACAGAACAAUCAACGAAUUACACAACAGAACUCAGUACCACAACAACCAAUGCCAACAACAGCAGCAGCAGAUGGUCAAACUUACGUUGCUGCUUAUGAUUUUCAACCACAAGAAGAUGGUGAAAUUGAAUUAAGACGUGGCGAUCGUAUCCGAAUGCUAGAUCAAAGUGAUUCAAACUGGUGGAAAGGUGAAGUUCGUGGUAAAGUUGGUCUUUUUCCUGCCACAUAUGUUCGAACUUUAUAA